CAGUCACGGUAUGAAGAGUAAACUAAAGCAAAUAUACAAUGAAACUGUUAUACACUGUUAUAAUUUUGGAAGUAAUACAAUUGGUUACAAUAAAACCAUUGGAAGCCUCCACUGCUUUCGAGCUAAAAAUUAUGCAAUUCUAUGCCCAUGAAUUGCUAGUGAUCGACAAAGAUUUCUGUGAAAAGGCAAAAAUUUUGUGUGAAAAAGUUCUGCAAGAUAAAUUAGUAAAACAGGCUAAAACAUCUACAAUCAAAGAGUUUAAACAAAAUAUUACCGAUUUCUUACAUGAUUAUCCUAGCUAUAUGCGUUAUGAAUAUAUCAAUGAAUUGGCUUUACUAUUUGAUGCAAAACUCCCUCAUUUCAAUAAUAAUAAAAAAGAUUUACAAUACAUUUGGGAGCUGCUGAAAAAACAUGGAUAUGAUAAACUGGAUGCAGAUUAUCAAAGUAAAUUUAUGAAAUUUGUUAAACAAAAAUUUCUACCCAAAUUCGAGCAGUUAAAAAAACAGCUUAACAAACAAGAGUUCAAGCAACAAAAACACUUAAUAAAAUGGUACAAUGAAUUGAAAAAGUGCCAGGAUUAUGCUUGCAACAGCAAAUAUUUUAGUCAAUUAGCUAUUGGAAAGCCAACUCCAAAAGAAACUCUGCUGCAGUACAUCCGAGACCAGCUUAAUUACAUUAAUAUCUUCUAUGGUAACACAGCUCACAAAAUUGUUAAGGGUGUGUUAAAUAAUAAAAAGCUAUCACAACUUAGCUUGCCUUUAAGGACAAAUCUAAUAAACAGUAUUAAAAAUUUCCUUAUGCAGUACAAAAAACAUCAACACAUUGAUCAAUUACACGAUUCAGUGCAUAGUUUCUAUGACAAAAUAUUAUUAAAAUAUUACUAUAAUACGAAGAUUGCUUUAAAGGAUUUAAAUUUGCUAAGGAACAUAUUUGAUGAACAAGGUUAUGCUAAAUUUGUUAACAGUUAUGAAAGGAGAUUGAAAGAUUUUGUACAAAGAGGACUUUCAGAGAAAUUUCAACAAUUUAUAGCUGCUCUAAGUAAAAAAGAGUUGGCCAAAGAGGAGACCUUUUUAGAGUGGUAUGAUCAUUUGAAAGGUUUGAAGAGUGUUGAGGAAAUAAUGGCUGUAUUUGAAAGGUUUUAUGAUAGAUAACAAUUUUGUAUGUAAUUCAAGAAAUUUAAAUAAAA